AUGGUAACUGUUGAAGACCAGAUGAACAUAACAAUGCAGCAGUCACCACCCUAUAUGCGGGCGCCCAGAAAAAUAACUACCCAUGAGGUUCAAUGGUAUCUUGAUGAGAACAAGAAGCUGAUUGUAGCAAUAAUGGAAAAUAUGAAACUUGGGAAAAUUGAUAAAUGUGCCGAGUACCAAGAGAAAAUUCAACAGAAUUUAAUGUAUUUAGCUACAAUUGCUGAUUUGCAGCAUUCACAAACACUAAUCAUGCCUCCACAGAUGAUUCCACCACCCUCUAGGAUGCAACCAGAAUACUAUAUGCAACAUCCUCAGGGUGUAGCAAUGGUUCAGCAACAAGGGAUUUUCCCUCCAAAUAUGCAAUUGCAAUUUGGUAAUCCACAACAACAACUACACCAGCACGCCAUUCAAGGGCAGAUAACAAGGAUAGGUAAUGGAACGUAUCCCAUGCAUAGUGAGAAUGUUCUUGAAGGUGGCCAUAGUGGUGGCUCAACUUCAACUGCAAGUCCAAAUAAUGCAUGUGGUGGAAGCAUGCAAGGAACUUCUGAAGAUGGAGAUGGUUAG